AAUUACGUUGCGUUUGUUUCCGCGGUAGGCCAUGUAACCAAACGUGUCAAAACUCAGAAGUUGUUACUUUCUUUCUCUUCUUUCUUACACAGCACACACGAGAGUGAGUGAGUCUCUCUUUUUCUUGUUCCACUUCCUUCGAUCGACUGACUCCACACCACACGGCACAUCAUCGAUGGUGUCAAAACCUACCGACUCCGUUUCCAAACCUCGAGUAAAACAACUUGGAGAGGCUGCAAAUGAUGUAUUGGGAACCUUGUCCCUCAAGAUAAAUCAGUUGAAAAAGCAAAUCCAGGCGGAGAGAAUUGUAUACAUUAAAGAAAAAAUUCAGAGCAAUGAGAAGAAGCUACAAUGUCAUACCUCAGGAGUCCUAAAGGCAAUAUCAACAAGGGGUUCUUCACAGGAGGAAAAUAGGAAAACUCCAAUUCUUUCUAGAAUUGACCGUCCUUUAUGUAAAUUCAGUGGUUUCUCUCCAGUCUCAGGAGACAAAGACCACAGCAAUCAAGAUGUAUUAUCUGCUACAAGUAUCAAAAUACCAUAUAUUGAAAGAUUACCGCCGUAUACCUCUUGGAUAUUUCUGGACAGAAAUCAGAGAAUGGCGGAAGAUCAGUCAGUUGUUGGAAGAAGAAGAAUCUACUAUGAUCAACAUGGAAGUGAAGCACUGAUAUGUAGUGACAGUGAGGAAGAGUUAACAGAACAUGAGGAAGAAAAACAUGAAUUUUCCGAGGCUGAAGACCGUGUAAUGUGGAUGGCAUUUGAGGAAUAUGGGUUAAAUGAGGAGGUACUGAAUAUUGUUAGCGAAUUUGUUGGGGGCACCAGUUCAGAAAUUCAGGAGAGGUACAAAAGUAUAAAGGAAAAGAACAUUGGUAUGUUGGAUCAGCAUUCGGAAAACCCAGGAGAUUAUGAAUGUAUUGGCAUCUCUCCAGAGAAAAGCCUGAGUGCUGCAUUAGAUUCUUUUGAUAAUCUUUUUUGUCGCCGGUGCCUACAGAUUUUUGAUUGUCGUCUGCAUGGCUGUUCUCAACCUUUAGUAUAUCCUAGUGAAAAGCAGACAGUAUGGUGUGAUCCUGAAGGUGACAAGAAACCAUGCAGUGAUCAGUGUUACCUUCAGAAGUUAAAUGAAGUCAAAGGUGUGUCAACAGAUGCAACUUCUGGGUCUGAUCAAAAUAAGAGAACUACAACUAUGGAAGAGGCAGAUGGGAUAUUGGCACCCUCCACUAUAGAGGAACCUGGUAAUCAGAGUACAGCACCUUUUGGAACAGAAGUUGAUUGUCAUGGAUCUCUCAAUUUAAAUGUUCCUAUCUCAUUAAGUGUGGAAAAACGGAAAGUCACAAAUCUGUCAGACACAGCACUUUGUGACUCAACAACCCCUCCUGAUGGUUCUCAAAAUUCUAAUAAAAAACUGAAGACUAUCUCAAAUGAUGUAAUUACUGUAAAUAGUGAUUCUAGCAAUAACCUCUUGGGUGCAUGUGAUGAAAGUAAACAUACUAUUACUUGUGUAAUUUUGGACAAAUCUGAUAAACAUAAUUCGAAUAAAUUAAUAGACCCUUCUAGGACUUGCGAUACGGAUGAGCAGGACAAAAGUAUUGGGGAUGGACCCAAAGAUCCUACAAGUAAGAUAGAAUUUAAGUUGCCCAGCUCAAUGGAAGGGAAAGUUGAUGCGAUGCCAGGCCUCUCAGAUUGGAAACCUCUAGAGAAAGAAUUAUACUUGAAGGGAGUAGAGAUGUUUGGAAGAAAUAGCUGCCUCAUAGCAAGGAACUUACUUUCUGGAUUAAAGACUUGCAUGGAAAUAGCUACUUACAUGCAUGCUGGAGGAGUGUCAAUGUCCCACGGGUCUAUCAUUGCACCUAGUUCAAUCAUGGAUGACAAGGGAAAAUUUGAUGCAGAGUACACGGACCAGGAGAUGCCAUCUAGGUCACGAUUGCUGAGGAAAAGGGGCAAAACAAGGAAGUUUAAAUAUUCUUGGAAGUCUACUGGCCACCCAUCAAUAUGGAAAAGAAUUGCUGAUGGGAAAAACCAAUCUUGCAAGCAGUAUACGCCAUGUGGAUGUCAGUCAAUGUGUGGAAAGGAAUGUACUUGCGUUAAUGGUGGAACAUGCUGUGAAAAGUAUUGCGGUUGUUCAAAAAGCUGCAAAAAUCGAUUCAGAGGAUGCCAUUGUGCCAAGAGUCAGUGCAGAAGUCGACAAUGUCCUUGUUUUGCUGCAGGACGGGAAUGUGACCCAGAUGUUUGUCGGAAUUGCUGGGUUAGUUGUGGUGAUGGUUCAUUAGGGGAGCCACCCCGGCGUGGAGAAGGUCAAUGUGGAAAUAUGAGGCUUCUUUUAAGGCAACAACAGAGAAUUCUCUUGGCAAAGUCUGAUGUUGCAGGAUGGGGAGCUUUCUUGAAGAACCCUGUUAACAAAAAUGAUUAUCUAGGAGAGUACACAGGAGAACUGAUCUCCCACCGAGAAGCCGAUAAGCGUGGGAAAAUAUAUGACCGCGCCAACUCUUCUUUCCUUUUUGACUUGAAUGAUCAAUACGUUCUUGAUGCUUAUCGCAAAGGAGACAAGUUAAAAUUUGCAAACCACUCGUCAAACCCCAACUGCUACGCAAAGGUGAUGCUGGUUGCUGGAGAUCACCGAGUAGGCAUAUUUGCCAAGGAACACAUAGAUGCUAGCGAGGAGCUCUUCUAUGAUUAUCGCUAUGGUCCAGAUCAAGCACCGCCAUGGGCACGUAAACCUGAGGGUUCCAAGAGCGACGAAUCAACAGUUUGUCAAGGCAGAGCAAAGAAACACCAGUCUCAUUGAUGAUUCUGGAAUCCUGGACCAAGGUCCAGACAUACAUAUUUUUGGUUUCUAAUUCCUUAUAUUCUCUACAUAGACAAAUUUGUGACAUCCCAUUAGGUUCGAGAUCAACUGUCACAAAAGAAGGAAACAAAUAAUCGGUUUUACUGAUGCUAAAUAUGCUUAAAUUAUGGAUAGGACAGAGCUAGCUAGGUAAUAAAAUGGGCAAGAGAUGAAGGCAUGAUGAAGCAGGUUAAUGUUGAGGGAACAAGCUGCAAACUAGCCUAGCUGUUGGGAACAAAAGCAAUAGAAUUUCGUUUCAGGUACUAGGCAUGACAUUUCAGUCAACUAGUUCUUCGAACUUGGUUUCCCCUUCAUUUUACGAGUCAUCCAAGAUAUUUAUAAAUAGAAUAAAGUGCACGAAAUGAAAAAGAAAUA